AUGGACGCAUUCGACGAGAGCUUGCUCACAGACAGCGACGGAGAGGAUGACAAGAAUACACUGGCUCCAGCGUCAAAGGAGCAGCUGGUCUUCCUCAUCCAAGGGCACGAGAGUCUGUUGGAGCUUGCUAACCUGGAAGACGAGGAGUUUGAGGGGCUGACAUGGCUGCAGAUUGCAUGCCGCGUAGUUGCUGCCAUCCUGCGCCAGAAGGUCAUUGCCUCUGGUGCCGACGAGGUGGCAUGCAUCUUCUUCAACACGAAGCAGUCCGUGCAUAGCACUGGUGUGGGCGACUUCAUCCACAUCUUGCAGGACCUUGGUCAGCCAGACGUCGAGCGCAUCCAGCAGCUUGAAGCCUUCGACGGUGAGGAGGGACUGCUGCGCAAUGUGGAGGAACUGGCCGGAAAGGGAGUAACUCUCCAGGUCAUUCCCCUGCAGCGCCCGGGCUCCAAGUUUGGGUUUGAGGCUGUGUGGCAGCACAUCUUUGACAAGAUGGAAGACAAAUCGCUGUCCUCCCCCAGCAAGUUUGGGGGCGUUCCGGUGGAGCCAGAACGUUUUGGCAAGCUGCAGGUAUAG